AUGGACACACAUAUGGAUCAUAUCAAAACGGAGGACGAGGAAGACCAGGGGCACGGGCUACCGCACCCGACUCCGUCAUCGCAGGCACGACAGACACCGGCACCAACAAAACGACAGCCUAGCUUGACUGAGUCCAGCCGAGGGGGUAGGAGGACAGCAUCAAGCUUGACGGCCAACAGAAAGGUUUGCGACCAUUGCAGGACGAGACGGAUAAAAUGCGAUUACCAAUUCCCUUGCCAGCAGUGCCUCAAUGCCGCCUUGGUGUGCAAAAGGGACCAGGUCCCACGGAAAAGAGGUCCCAAGCCAGGUCAUGGUCGAGUCCUUGACAGGAUACGGUCAAAAGAGGAGGAAGUGCUGGGGAUAGCGUCGAGGGAGAGCAGCGUCGACUUUGAGACCACCCCGAGCAGUCUCGGCACCCCUCAGUCCACGCCUCCUGACACGCCCUUUCCGAAUCCGUCUGCUGACGCCCAACAUGGCCGCUCUGGACGGCAGAGAUACCAUCAUCUCAUCCCGCUGUGUGUUGAGGUUUACACGGCUCACCUGUACCCUCUCCUCCCUGUAGUUCACCUACCCACGCUGCAGAGCUACUGCUGUCAACCCUCGGUUCCGCCAUCUCAGAGGACGCUACUGCUCGCCUUAUCGGCUCUCACGUCCCUUCAUGUUGCAUCUCUUCCACCACCCUCCCGGCCCCCAUCAGGGAGUAAUACCGACUGGAUCAGCGCAGCAAAGUCGUUUCUGGAAGAAUGCUUGGCCACACGCCAGGCAUACGACUAUGUUGCUCACCUCCAGCUGAACGAUAUUUUGACGUCGUUUCUGCUGUCCAGACUUUACAUUGAAAUGGGGAACAGCCGAAAAGCCUGGGUGUAUCUGCGAGAAACAGGUGCUCUGGCGGCCGAGUUUGGUCUGGAUCGGGAAGAUGGAUAUGCAGGUUCGGAAGGAGAAGAUGACCUGGCGAGGAGGAGGCUGUUCUGGGCAGUUCUGAUUUCCGAGAGGAACAGGGAAUUUGCCAUCCUGAGAAACAAGCCCAUCACGAGCUUCAGACGGAAACCAGAACUGCCAACUUUUGGAUACCGGUAUGAAGAUCCGGGUGUCCAUGCUGGCUUGCUACAGCUGGCGGAGGUAUACAAGCCGGUUGGUGAGGACUUUGUCGCUGCGUGGAACGACACCUCCCCCCAAAACGAAGACUCGCCGGCCGCUCACAACAUGAAAGCCGCAAAGCUGCUGGAGCUCCAACGCCGUCUGUCACAGGUGACAGAGUCAGGGGAGGAGGCGACAGAAAUGCAAAGGGUGCAUCUCACGAUUACUCGUCAGUGGCUGAAGCUGGUUACUUGGCAACUGUCGUUCCGCGCCCACCUGCUGUCGUUCGGCAACGUCCACGAAAGCAUGCGGUUCACUUAUCCGCUCAUCAUCGCCCACGAGACGUUGUCGUUUUUGAACUCGCUGCCGCCAGGGCGCUGCUACAGUAGGAUUUCGACCAUGGAAAAGAUUUACGAGAUUGGCAUCUGGUGGCUCAAUGUCGUCGGGGCUGUGGAUAACCUCGAGCUUGGGAGGCACGGUGCCAAGACAGAUGAUAACCUUCUGGACGCUUUUGUCAGGGUUCUCAGCGUCGGCGAACAGAGCAGGGUACUGUUUGCAGAACGGCUCAAGAUGUUUGCCGCUGCUGGCGACAAGUCAGACCUCAGUUACAUGGUGGGCAGGAAGUUCUCCCAAGAGGUGAGGGAGCAAGGACACAAAGAGAUCAAGACGGAGGAGCCGGAGCCGAGAUCUGUGCCGCGAACAGCACACAGCAGCAGUAGAUACCACCACGGCGGGCCGUCGCUGGCGGUGGACACGCCCUCACCGGCGACCAAUGGGCCUCCAACGGCACCUCACACCAACGAGACACCGCCGCCGCCGUGGUUCCAGGGGUACAAUAACAGUGCCAUCACCACGCCUACCAGCUCUGGGUGGGCGUCGACGACGUCAGAGGUGAACAGUCCGGAGAUUUUGUUCAGUCCUGACAUUGUCAGUCCCGGGCCGGGAGCGACGAGCUUUGGGUAUUUUCGCUUUCCGGGGCCGAAGCCAGGGGAGGGGGCUUGA